UUAGUUUUGUUUGUUGUUCCCCAGGAAGUGAAUAUAAAUCAAUUUUCAAUCGUGAAAGUAUUCAAUUUAGAAAGAAGUGUUGAGAAGAAGGAAAUCAGUAAACAGAGUGGAGAAUAGUCGUGCUAACUGGCGUUAAUAAUGAAGAAAAGUAAAUAUUUCGUGACCAUUUGUUUCAGAUUGUUGUUGUUGACGUUUUAUUCUGGUCUUCGCUUAUGCAGUGGAGAUAGAAAGAUUGUUAUGAAUUUCGAUUGCAUGAAAGGCGUAUUCUACUUCAAGUGUACAAAUGAAGGUCUUAAGAUUACAGCGAAUGAUAAAAAUGCGACGAUAAUCAUUGAAGAAGUUCAACAGCAACAGCAACCACAGGAACUUGUGAUUAAUUCAUCAAUGUUUUUCAUUCCACCAGAAAUCUUCAAUCGAUUUAAUGACGUUCGUGAAUUCAUUGCGAGAAACACUUCAAUCGAAGAGAUUUAUUUCGAGACAUUUGGUAAAGCUAGCGAACUUCGAUAUCUCAUUUUAUCGCACAACAAAAUAAAAAUUUUGACGGACUUUCCAUUUAGUAAUGCAACAUAUCUCCAGUCACUAAAGCUUCAGAACAAUGAAAUCUCUUCAAUCAGCUCGUUUGCUUUCUUCGGUCUGACUGAGCUUAGAGCUUUGAUCUUAUCAUUUAAUCGAAUUUCAAAUUUACCGCUUCACCUCUUCAGAUCACUUGAAAGUCUUGAUGAUUUACACCUCGACAAUAACUUCAUUAAAAUCAUUUCCUUUGAUCAAUUCGCACAGAAUCUUGAGUUAACGACAUUGAAUUUCGACCACAAUGAUAUUUCGUUUAUCGACAACAAUACUUUCGCACAUCUGAAAAAACUGGAAAGCUUGAACUUGAAUAAUAACAUUUGCGUUGAUAAAAGAAUCGUUCCAUGGAAAUCUGACGUUUAUAAAGAAUUAAAAUGUUGCUCGGACUCAAUUCUUGAUCUCGAGGAGUGUGCAGUAAUAAAAGCAGAACAGACAUUCGGUGAUCAUGAACUUUCACCUAGUCAUGUUCCUUUAAUUUUCCUUCUCUUCUUCUCAAUCUUCUUAAAUAUUGUCGGGAUCUCAUAUUGCGUAAUUUACAGACGCAACGCUAACCGCGAUGGUCCAAUAGAUAAUAUGGAGCUGAUAACAAGUGAUCUAAAUGGAGAAGCUUAUCAAGUUUAUUAAAGUAGAACACACAGAUUUGUAACUACACUUGACGAUAUACAUAAUGAAUCAGCAUACUAAAAUCAAGUAUAUUUAAAUAUUAAAUGACCAUAUAAAGCUCUUGCAUGAGCGUGACGAUUGUACUAAAUUUUGAAGUCAUAAAAUGUAAUUUAAAUGUUAAGAACAAUGAUCUUCAAGAUAUUUUAUUCGAUAAGAAUGUUGAAGCUAUACAUAAUAAUAUCACAAUUAUUAAAAAAAUUACAAUUUCCUUAAACAUUUUACAACAUACGAAUAUAAUUAAGACAAAUGUCGCUGCUGAAGCUAUCCAAAAAGCUUGUUUGUUAUUUUUGUACAUAUCUUUAAUAAAGUCACUUAAGGAGUUUGUUAUUGUUUGCGAGACACUUUCUAUGCUUUCAGCCACAUUAAAGUUGAUAUCUAAAGGUGCAGCAUAAGUUGCUUUUAUAAACGAUAAUGGAAUGACAAUCCAAAAUACUAGAAAAACACUGAAUCGAAAUAAACUUUAUUAAUAUAAUUGAAACAUUACAAUUUAAAUUUAUUUCUUCACCUUAAAUUCAUUUCUAAUUUCAUUAAAAAUUGAAAACUAUUUAAAAAGUUAAAACUGAACUGUACAGAAGCGAUAGCAAAAUAAAACUGUUCAUCUUUAUGCUUAUUUAGUGAAAAUAUAUUUUUAUGAUUCAGUUACAAGUUUAUAAUUGAAAUGAAUGAAUAUCCUAAUCGUGACGUAUCGAAUG